AAUCAUUUGUAACCUCUCUUAACCAGCCUCUAAUGGCUGCUUCUCUUUCCUUUGUCCAAAACUCAACAUUAAUAUUAUUAUUGCUUCAAAUGCAAAGAGCUGGAUGGCCUUUUGGAGCCUUUCAUCUUCUCUUCCUCUCCUUGGCCUCCUGUCUCUCUUGCUUUUCCAUCAAACCUCCUUGACCACUACAACUACAGACGUUCACGUUCAUCUUAACAUUCUACCUGAUGUGCCAGAUGGACGGGUUGGGUCAAAUUAUUCUGUGUUCCGUGAGGCCCAUGCGUUCCGCAAUGGGGAGACCUGCGGAAAUUUGGACGUGGACCGGAUUCAUGUGGCCAUGACACUUGAUGCUAAUUAUUUGAGAGGUACUAUGGCUGCAGUGUUCUCAAUUCUCCAACAUUCAACAUGUCCUGAAAAUGUUGUGUUUCAUUUCCUAUGGGUAAGACAUGAACCUGAGGUCUACUCAAGCAUUAAGUCAACAUUUCCCUACCUCGACUUUAAGGUGUACCAGUUUGAUGUCCACAGGGUCCGUGGUCUAAUUUCCAAGUCUAUACGUCAAGCUUUAGACCAACCCUUGAAUUACGCGAGAACUUAUUUGGCUAAUUUGAUUCCCAAUGAGGUGAAACGCGUAAUUUAUCUUGACUCUGACCUUGUCGUGGUUGAUGACAUUGCGAAAUUAUGGAAGGUUGAUUUAGGUGACAAGGUUUUGGCUGCACCAGAAUAUUGUCAAGCCAAUUUCACCGUUUACUUCACUGAAGAGUUCUGGUCCGAUCCAUACAUGCCAAGAACAUUUGAGGGGCGAAAACCGUGCUAUUUUAACACGGGAGUGUUGGUAAUGGAUGUGGAUAAAUGGAGACAUGGAAAUUAUACAAAGGAAGUUGAGGAUUGGAUGGUUGUGCAGAAGCAAAAAAAGAUAUAUCAAUUGGGUUCUAUGCCCCCAUUCUUGCUUGUUUUGGCCGGAAAUAUAAUGCCAAUUGAUCAUAGAUGGAAUCAACAUGGAUUAGGUGGUGAUAAUGUUGAAGGUAAAUGCAGGGGAUUGCAUCCCGGACCUGUUAGUCUUCUCCAUUGGAGUGGCAAAGGCAAGCCAUGGUUGAGAUUAGAUUCAAGAAAACCAUGUACUGUCGAUCACCUAUGGGCUCCCUACGAUCUUUAUUACACCUCUAGACAUUCAUUCGAGGACUAACUUGUCACAGAGACGGACCCGUGCUGAAAAAUAUAUUCACACAAAAGGUUUAAGGGAAGCAUGUUUUGCAUUAGGAAGAGAAGCAAGCAUCAGAAGAAAUGAAAAAAAAAAAAGUUAAAAGUAACAAAAAAUUAAAUAAAUUUUUGUUAGCUUCUAGCACAUGAUCAAAUUAUGUUUGGCUUAUAUGUAUUCAAGAAAAGAUGGCUAGAAACCAAGAAUCACAGUGGUGUGGGAGCAUUGCAUGACAUUUUCCCAGUUGCAAUAUUAUAUUUUGAUUCCUCUUAAUUAUAUACUAUACAGUAUAGUUUAUGAAAUGGAGAUUAUCUCCACAAUGGUCAUCUAAAUCAGAUUA